AUGAACCUUGGACGCCGGCGAUACAGGGUGUUAACACGAACACUGUAUACAAUUGUUCACUUUUCUCCCGUUCAAGCUGUCAGGAUGAGCCUUCUGUUUGCUACUGAAGAUUUUUCCACUUUUGGGCAGAUUUUGCUACUUUGCUUGCUGAUUUGUGUGUUUCUCUCUGGAAAAGCCAUUUGGGAACAUUCUUUUUCAAAGCUUCCUCCCGGGCCCUGGGGUCUGCCUUUGAUAGGUAAGAACUGAGAUUUCUUCCUUAAAUCGUCAAAUUCCUGGCUUUAUGCUUUAGAGAAUCAUCAAUAAUAACCAAAUCGACAAAAGGACUAUUCACAAGUUUUAAAGUCACUACUAGCGCUCCUUUCAAAAGUUUAAAUUCCGUAACAUGAAAACUAGAGGCCGAAUAUAGUUAACUUAACGACAUCGGCACAAAGACACUGAAAGCAAUUCCCGAGAAACAACUGAGAAAUUAACGUUUUGAUUUUCAUGUACUUGUAAGCUGUUAAAAAAAUGUCACGUCUGUAGUUUAUCUAAAAUACCAAGUUUGCAGUCAGAUUUGUUUCUGAGCAGGUUCUCCAUAAACUCUGUGGUUUUGUUAAGCUCACACCAACUUCCCGCUCUCUGAACAAACCUUCCAAAUUAAAUUUAUUCCUGAGUUCGAUAAAAUUGUAAAACAUGAAAACUCUAACAUUGUUCUGAAGAAAAAAUUGUCGGCAAGAAAGGGUCUUUGUUCUCAACUGAUAAAACUGCAUAAUGAAUGUAUAAUUAGAAGGCCAGUCCAUUGCAUGACACGAGCGUACAAGUAAGGUGAAUAUUGCGUGCUCUCAGCGAAGUACAAUAGUGACGAGGCAUCCUUUAUUUUCAGUGACAGUUUUUUUAUUUUCAACAGCGAGGAUUGACCAAAUAUGCCUGACGUAUGAUUUUUAUUUUGAAGAGAUGGCACAAUAUGCGAUCAUCCCAUUAUUACUUAGCAGGUUGUUCUCUGAGAACUGGUUCGUAUAUUAUUUUAGAAGAAGAAAUGAGCGAUAUAUCCAUUUUACAAAGAAGACCCAUUGACAAAAAGUAAGAGUAAAAAAAUCCGUGAAUUCUUUGUAAAGGUACUGAGAAUGAAAUUAAGACCAACAGAACUUUCCGCUUUGCUUGUGUGCAACACUGAAAUGCUUUGAGCUUAAACAACUCUCAACUUCUAGUGGAAAAAGUGGGUGUAAAAUAAAUGAGCAGUAAUCUUCCUUAAAAUAUCCACCCGCGCCCACUCGAAUAGUUUCAAUCCGCAUAGCAAGUCUCAUGAGUGAUUUCCCUUACGCAUUUUCUCUAGUUCAACAUCAACAUAAUAAACACGCUAGAACUAUAAGAUGAUCGUCCGAUCGAGAAGCAAGUAAUCAUUUUAACUAAAGACGUAUACGUGGAAAUAGCCAGCCAGGCAAGGGGAAGGGCCAGUUAAAGAGACAUUCAAAUCUUUUACUCAUAACAGCUUUACAAACUGAAAGUACCGCUGAAGUUUUAUUUGGAUAGUCAUACUUUAAGAUCCGUUCACAGGUUUGAAAGUUACAUCUACCUAAUAAGGUUCCGUUGGGGAGCAAAAAGAUUAAGGGUACGAAGGGAAUCCAAGUUAGGUAGAAGCAGCUGGUCUGGACGCCACAUUCACAAAGCUAGCAAAUUUGCAAACAAAAGCUAAAAAAAAAAUAAGAAAAUUGACUUGAGCCCCUUGAGACAGAUGUUUUUUACUUAGAAACAAGACGAGCUAGUUAAACUUUGUAAAUAUAGGAGAUUAAACUCGUUAACACAAGAGUGCUUCCGCAUGAACAAAUUUAUUUAAAAACACAGGAGUCUGCAAGAGCCAAGAAAGGAUUUUCAUAACUGAUAACUAUUUUAACGCUCCAGCGGAAAAAUGAUCGUAACAAAAAACAACAUUAGGGCACCAUGCUGCUGUUUUUUUCUCUUAUUUAGUCUACUCCCGUUGAUGUAUUCGUCUAAGAAAAAAAGGUUCUUUUUUCUUUUGUGAAAAACGCUUCCAUGAGAUCCCUCGCUGAGUAGUAUAUUAAUCCAUUUGCUACAGUUUUUAAAGCCUGGGAUCUCGGAGUCUCAAUAGGCACACUCAUGCGGGGCGCACGCCCGUGCUGCGUAAAAAAAUUACUUAUUUGUCUUGUAGACUCAGUUGUCGGCUGUCCUUUCGAAAAACUUAUUUCCGUCAUCUUCGCCUCAUAUAGUCACUGAAAAUUAAAGAAAUGAUCCUAAGUUGUUGCAGCCAUUUAUAAUAAAUACACCUUUGAGUUUGUCCAUUUCCCGUGACAUUGCUCUUUAUAUUAAAAGCGUCACUUCUCACCGUAAUUGUCACCCACUUUUACUGAACAGCUCUUUACGAAUUUAUUACUGAGAGCCUUCUCGUUGUUCUCCUAAACAUCAUAGAUGCAGUUUAAGGGUCACGAAAAUGUGAGAUAUUCUCAUACCUUCCGUCACUAUGUUCGUCAUGUUCCAAGCCAAAUAUUUUUUAGGGGUCCUCUGUAACGAACAAAAUCGUGAAAUGCGACUCAAAUUCCGUGCUUCACACGACGACAAUGAAUGGAACAGUCAUCUAGAAAGUUUAUUAAUAAGCCCUUCACGAAUUAUAGAAAUUCCUACGUAAGAUUUACUUUUUCGAACAGUUAUUGCACCUGUGUUUUGUUCCAUGAUUUCUUAACACGGGAAAAGAACGCACACGACGCACCGGUCCAGCUGAGUCUGUUUAAAAUAUGAGGAAAUCUUACCAGAGAUUUAACCGCUGGGGUUGAAAAAGAUUUAUUUGAGUCUAUGCAUCGCCAUUUCAGCGGAUUUCUGAAGGAACUGAGAGGCUACGGAAUGCCGCCCACUAAGACCUGCGUAGUUUGCAAGACGGUUCAGGAGACUUGACCUUCAAUUUUCCUUAAGAACUCUAAUUGUGGCGAACACUAUAGAGAUUUGAAAAGCCAAUAAAAAAGGAAGCUUAAAAGAAAUAAAGGAUAGUGGGCACUUUAUUGACAUUAAAAUUAAAUUAGACGCAAUACUAACUUAGCGUAGCGCUUUUAAAUGGUGCUUUAGAAAGUCUCUCUAAUAAAGCACUAUUUGCUGACUACUACGAAGUAAUCCAAAGAAAUCAACAGACUGUGAAGAAUGACCGAUUUUAAAACGUUUGUUGUUCAUCGGAUUUCGUUUUGCAAACUAACACAAGUUUCUCCAAUAACGUUGCAUCGUGUGUGACAGCUUUUGCGACAUCAUCGAACUUACCAACCGCAAAGAUUAGUAAACAUGACGGUGCAAACCUCAGCUGAACAAAAUGUGGGAAACCGAGCAAUUAAGUGGCUACCACACAUCUGCAGUAAUUAGUUCAAUCCUGAGUUACAAAAUUUUGUAAGCCCUGCUGGUUGACCUUAAACAAGAGAAGCUGAUAUCAAUGGUCUAUUAUCUUUACGUUUAUUGCAUAUUAUCAAACAUACCCACAACAAAAGAACAAUUGUCAAUGUACAGUGGCAACCUUAUUUAUAUUGCACGCAUCGCUUAAGCCGUUACUAAUUUCAGAGACGUCAAGGGCAUAUCGUGCCAGUUUCCUUAAGUUCAGGGAGAUUACGAAGCGACAUCGACCAAAACCGCUUCCUAUAUGAAACUAGAAAAAAAAUCGUGCAUUCUAGUAUCAAUAGGCUCCAGACAAUGGGUUUCCUGAAUUUUUGUGUAGGCUAUAUUGUCACCACAGAUUGGCGUUCCUGAAAAAGAGGUGUUCUUUUUAAGCCUUUUGAACGAAACUCACGGGUUGCUUACGGCGCCUUUUUUCAAGGGCGUUCCUUUUCAUACUCUCUUAUCGUAUAGCAUGAACGAUAUCGAUACUGAAAAUUGUUGUUUGCAUUACGGCUUUGCUGUUAAAGAAUAUGAUUGACCACGAUUUGGCCCCUUUCAUAAGCAGUUCCUUUAUGAAUACAACGCGUGACUUUUGCCUUAGCAAAGAAAACAACAUCUACUCAAGUCGGCCCCGAAGUACCGGUUUGAAAAAGAAAAAAAUUAAAGGAAAAGCAAAUAUUAUGCAAUCAAUAAAAAAGUGAUUUGCUUUGGCUUAGCCCCUUUCCUAAGAUUUCUUAACAGCUUCAACGCGUGACUUUUGCCAAAGGAAAGAAAACAACGUCUAUUUAUAUCCACCCCGGAGGGCCUUUUUUUAAAAAUGAAAAAAAGGGUAGAGGUAAUGUUAUGUAAUCAGCCGAAACACAAAAAGGAAGGUUAAACAGCUCUGAGAUAGGCAAAAUAGCACAUACAGACGUCGCACAAUAAGCGAUUCCUUGACUAACGCUGGGAUAUAUCAUUCUGUGUUCAUUCCUGGGACAGGUUCUCUUUUGACAUGAUGUUAAAAUUUCAAGAUAUUCGCAAUAGCGUCACAAUGUCGUCUCUUUCCUUUUCUCAAUUUUGUAUUUCUACUACUUCCUGUUUUUCUCUAGCUCCACACUCCGAUGAGACAUUCUCAACACCGCUUACCGGUUAAACUAAUUGUGUCCUACAACUAGCCAGCAAGCUAGUUUUUCACGCUCUUUUGUUGAUUCAGAUAAAAAACGCUUUCCCAACAGUUUCACACAACAACGACACGUUUGUCAUAAAUAUCAUGAGAUCCCUCCAGGCUAUAUUCAACAAUUUCACAGUUGUAAUAAGUCAGCUUUCGACAUUUUCGGUAUUUCAAUUAAUACACUCUUAUUAUUAUUCUUAGGGUCAUGUUUCCGCUUAGGAAAGAACCCACAUCUUGACUUCACAAAAAUGGCCCAGAAAUAUGGCGAUGUAUUCAGUCUAAUGCUUGGAAAUCGUUUGGUGGUAGUGCUGAACGGAUUCAACGCCAUCGAAGAAGCCUUGAUCAAGCAGUCGACUGCCUUUGCCGGACGGCCACAAUUGCACACCUUCAAGCUGGCCAAUCGAACAGAUAGCAGCAUCACGUUCACGGAUUACUCACCUCGUUGGCGUCUUUCUCGAAAGAUCGGUGUUAGUGCGAUCCAGAACUUCGUAAAGGACAAAGAUACCCUGGGACAGAAACUGCUUCAGGAAUCUCAACGCCUGGUUCACUGUCUCAAGCAGCAGAAAGGAAAACCCGUAGAUGUUCACCUACCUCUGCAGUGCGCUACCUCCAACAUAAUAACCGAUGCACUGUUCGGAGUCAGCUGGUCAUACAGCAACAAAGCUGUCCAUAACAUGCUUCAACUGGCCGAUAACUUCCGAGUUGCUAUAACAGGUUGCAGUCAUGUUGAUUUCCUACCAUUGCUAAAACAUUUGCCUAGUAAAGCGCUUUCAGAUCUUACCGCUGCAGUCAAAUCUGUGUUGGAUGUCAUUUCCCAGUUGUAUGCCAAAAAUACAGAGACUUAUGUUGGGGGACAGGUUCGUAACAUCGCAGACAGUAUUAUCAACGUCGUCGAAAAGGAAACUGAAAAAGAAAGAGAAAAUCGUCCACAAGGAGAGGACACGUUAAGUAUGGCUCCUCUGCUUAGUGACGAACAGAUUAUCCGUGUGUUGGGAGAUUUAUUUGGUGCUGGGUUUGACACUUCGGCCAUUACUCUUCGCUGGAGUUUGGCAUACCUCACUAAAUAUCCCGAGAUCCAGACCCAGAUACAGGAAGAAUUAGACCUCGUGAUCGGCCGAGAACGCCUGCCCACUCUCCAAGACAUGCCAUCACUUCCCUUCUUUCAAGCAGCAGUCUACGAACUGUUUAGAGUGACUUCUGUCGCUCCUCUUUCCGUUCUACGCUCCACGACCGUUGAAGCAAACAUCCGGGAUUUCACCAUCCCUAAAGAUACGGUCGUCAUGGUCAAUCUGUGGUCAGUGCAUCGCGAUCCAGAAAUCUGGAAAGAUCCAGAUGUCUUCGAUCCUAGACGUUUCCUGGAUGGAGCAGGACAAGUGAUCGAUCCCAAGUUCUUCCGAGGAUUUAUGCCGUUCUCCUGCGGUCGUCGCAAAUGUCCUGGUGAUGUUCUGGCCACCAAACAAGUUUCUGUCUUGCUUGCCGCAUUGCUUCACAGCUUCCGCUUCACUCAGGAUGGUUUGCCAGCCGACUAUAAGGGCAUUAAUCUUCAGGGUGAAUUUGGUCUUACCUUGGUGCCACAGAAGUUUUACGUGAAAAUAGAAGAACGAAAUUGAAAAGAACUCUGGCAAACAAACACUUAUUAGAAACUUAUCGUUGGUUAUUUGAGUGUUGAAUUAGCUUGAUGUGCUGCUUUUUU